AUGGUUGUUUUAACCGAUGUGACUCUACCAACGGAGGGCGUUCGAAUUCAACAACCCCAAGUUUCCGCGUAUUUUGGUGAGAACUGUGUUGGACAAGGAACCCUUACAAUUGCUGAAAGUGCCGUUGCAUGGGUUGAAAGAACAUCGGGAAAAGGCUUUACUUUGACGUAUCCAUCGAUCAUUCUUCACGCCGUUUCAACCGAUUGUUCUUCGUUCCCACACGAAUGCGUCUUCGUACUUGUCGAUUGUUCCAGAAGUGCCUUGGAACUCGAGGAUACCGAAAUGGACGGAGAUGACGAUGACGAGGACGAAGGACCGAAAAAUGUUUCGAUUCGAUUUGUUCCUGCCGAUAUGAGCAUUUUACAAGAAGUAUACAAACAAAUGUCAGAGUGUCAAGAGCUCAAUCCAGAGGAUAACAGUGAUUCAGAGGACGGAAUGGGGGAAUACGAGGGUCUCGGGGAUGGAUCCGAUGGAAGAUGGUUCACGGCGGAUAAUAUUGGUGGUGCCGAGUUGAGCGAAGAAGGUUUGGCCAAUCUACAAAGAAUGAUGGGUGGUGGUCGAGAUGGACACAACGGAAGUAAUGGACAUGAUGACGAUGAGCAUGGUGAGAUGGAGGAA